AUGAACGAGUACCCACAUCACAACGGCAGAGCUCUCGGCCAGCCCAACUCCAACUCCGCCUUGAUACCCGAUGUUGCUGUGGCACGCGCCAUGGCAUGGCAUGGCAUGGCCAAGUAUGUCGCGACCCGCCCUGCCAUGUCUUCUCAUCGACUCCAAAGUCGCCGCCACGAGGAUGAAACCGAUCGUCACGGAUAA